AUGUCGACAGCGCAUCUGUUUUUAAAAGCAUGUUUGAUAAUGGACCAUCGGAUAAAUUCGACACGGUGGCUGCACUUUCUAUUAUUUAGCCUCCUUUUUUCUGUUUCGUUCGGAGAAGUCCGCUAUGUUCUUCCAGAGGAGAUGCAGAGAGGCUCGGUUAUUGGGAACGUUGCACGGGAUCUGGGACUGAAGGUGAAGGAUCUUGAUGCUCGUCGAGCUCGGAUAGUUGCAGAAGGAACUAAGCAGCUGUGUGAACUGGAUACUGCGUCAGGCAACCUUUUGAUCAGCCAACGGAUAGACCGAGAGGAGCUGUGCGCGCAAGCCACUGUCUGCAUUCUACAAUAUCAGCUUUUGCUUGAAGAUCCCCUCCAAGCAUUCAGCAUAGUUUUGGACAUUGCUGAUAUAAAUGACAACAGCCCAGUGUUCGCUGCAGGGGAGAUAAAACUGGAUUUAGUGGAAUCCACAGUUCUGGGGAGGCGCUUUCCCCUAGAGAGCGCGCAUGACCCCGAUUUGGGCACUAACUCCGUCCGUGAAUAUAAGCUGAGCCAAAAUGAACAUUUUGCACUGGAAAUGAGCACCCAAAUAAACGGCAAUGCGUAUCCAGAACUAGUCCUGAAAAAAGCUUUGGACCGGGAGGCACAGGCUGAACAUGUGCUGAAAAUCAAUGGAAUCGACGGGGGGAAUCCAGUCAGAUCAGGAACUGCUUCCAUCCAUGUCCGUGUAUUGGACGCCAAUGACAAUGUCCCAGUUUUCAGCCAACGAGUUUACAAAGCCUCCGUACCAGAGAACUCACCCAUUGGGACUGUUAUAACGACUCUGAAUGCCACGGACUUGGACGAGGGUGUCUAUGGGGAGAUAACAUACUCCUUUAGUCACCUGUCAGACAAGAUGGGAGGAGUUAUUGAAAUUAACCCUCAGAGUGGAGAAGUUCGGGUUGCAGGUGUUAUUGACUAUGAAGAGGCCAGCUCGCACGAGUUGGAUGUUCAGGCUAAAGAUGGCGGUGGUCAGGCCUCUCAUUGCAAACUUAUAGUUGACGUCACUGACGUAAACGACAACAAACCCGUGAUAGAAAUAAAGUCAGCCUCUGCUAACGUGGCUGAAGACUCUAAACCAGGGACUAUGGUCGCUCUGAUUAAUAUUUACGACUUGGACACUGGAAGCAGUGGGCGCGUUACGUGCGCAAUCCCAGAUAACGUUCCAUUUAAAUUAGUGUCAGAGGUGAAAAACUAUUACAUGUUAGUAACUGACGGGAUACUCGACAGAGAACUCCAACCAGACUAUAACAUACCAGUUACUGCCACUGAUGCUGGCGCUCCGUCACUCUCUAGUGUGAAAGUUAUCUCAAUCGUGGUUAGUGAUGUAAAUGAUAACGCCCCGACUUUUACGCAGGGAGAAUAUAAUGCCAACAUUUUAGAAAACCAGCCAGUCGGCACUUUUGUGAUAAAAGUUAUAGCAGAGGACGCUGACGACGGGUCUAAUGCUAAAAUACUAUACCAAAUAGCGAACUCAGAAGUGUCAUCUUUCCUUACUAUCAACUCAGACACAGGGGAGCUUUUCACAUCGCGCCUCUUUGAUUACGAACAGUCGGUUCACUUCCAAAUUAAGGUGACAGCUCGAGACGGAGGCGGGCCUCCACUUUCCACCACGUGUACGAUAAAUGUUUUUAUAAAGGACCAAAAUGACAAUUCACCUGUUGUCUUAUAUCCCGUCCAAAGCGCAGGGUUCAUUGCAGAAGAUAUGGUGCCAGUUGAAGCGCCUCGAGGUUACCUGGUUACUAAGGUGGUGGCGGUGGACGCAGACUCUGGCCAUAACGCCUGGCUUUCCUAUAGAAUAAUCAGAGCAACGCGGCCUAACAUGUUUAUGGUAGACCUGCAUUCAGGAGAAAUCCGAACUAUGCGAGCAUUCAUGGAGGACGAUGAGCCGAAACAAACUCUCAUCGUUUUAGUAACCGAUAACGGGCCCGAGUCUCUGUCCUCCACUGCGACAGUCAGCAUCAUGCUUGGCGACGGGCUGCCCGUUUUAAGCGAACUUUUUGAGUUUGCAGAUGAAUCACAGGACAACGAUAACUUAACGCUCUAUUUGAUCAUCGCUCUGUCAACCGUCUCUUCUCUUUUCAUCCUUUUAAUCAGCGGAGUGUUUUAUUUUAAGCUCUGCCGGCGUGGUUAUGUUUAUCGUUCAACCACGGCCAGUCUCCCCGUUUUCCCCACGACCUAUUGCCCCUCGAGUUUCACAGAUUUUAGCCGUUGUGGGACUUUGUUGAAAGAUGAGCGAUAUGAUUCUUUCUUGACCACUGGGUCGUGGAGAGGCGACUUUCGUUUCGGAUCAAAUACAGACACUGACACACUUAAGAAACGAAGUGCAGCCUAUCAAAAGAACACGCUGAGGCGCGUCAGUACAGACAGAGGAAGUCUGAAAGUGAGGGCAGGUGCACCGCAUCCUUGUUACGUGAUCAAAUGAGAGUCUGCCGUGCCAGAUGUUGUAAAAUAAUCCCUGUGAGGUGAAUUUAAUUUGGACCCUCUGACUGUGAAAGAUAAUAUAACUGCAUUAAUUUUCUCACUGUUCUUUAAUUACGAUAUAAAUAUAUAUGCAGUGUUUUUUUUUUAAUGUUUAAAGUGUGUUUCUUCUGAAGUAUUUGUGCAUGAAUAUGUUAAAAAAAAAAAAUCAUGUUCUUCAAGUAUAUGACCUCAACUUCAUCCCAAAAUGACCUCACCCUGAACACAGACAGCAAUCUUAACCGUCUACUUUAUCCAUCCUCUGGCACAGUUUCCAAAAUACUUUCACAGAGCCAUAAAUAUAGUCAAUAUUGUAUUUAUCUCUAUUUUGUUUGUUACUGUUUUCUAAAGACUGAACAUAUUUGCGAAAGGUGGUUGUUUGUGGUUACUUCAGUCUGGUUUAUCUUGUUUUCCUGUCACUUUUUGCUCUUCUACUCUGUCACUAUUCUCAUGCCUUAUGCACCUUCAUGAGCCCAACCAUCCGUGUCCCUGCAGCUCUUUUCUGUAUCUUCAUGCAAACUAUCACAAGUGUUUAAAAUAAGUAUUAGUAUCUCUCUUCAUUAAAAGCUCAAACACGAGUACUGCAUUGUCAGUUUGGAGCAGGAUGUGAUUGAUUAAACGCAUAACCUGAUCCGUCUCCUAUUUUACAUUCAAACUGCAUGGUAGACCUUUUAAAGGCGUCUCCAUUCUUCAUUACAUCUUGAGACUGACACAGU